AGAGAGAGAGAGAGAAUGUGAGCAGGGGAGGGGCAGAAAGAGACGGAGAGAGAGAGAAUCCCAACCAGGUUCCCCGCUGUCAGCACAGAACCUGAUGUGGGGUUCGAACUCAAAAAACCAUGGGAUCGUGACCUGAGCCGAAACCAAGAGUUGGACACUUAACUGACUGAGGUACUGGGGUGCCCCAAGCCUUUUUUUCCCCAAAAUUUUUAUUUAAAUUCCAGUUAGAUGGGGCGCCUGGGUGGCCCAGUCGGUUAAGCGUCCAGCCUUGGCUCAGGUCACGAUCUCACAGUUCGUGGGUUCGAGCCCCACGUCCAGCUCUGUGCUGACAGCUCGAGGCCUGGAGCCUGCUUCGGAUUCUGCGUCUCUCUCUCUCUCUCUCUCUCUCAAAAAUAAACAUUAAAAAAAAUAACUUCUAGUUAACAUAUAGUGUAACAUUGGUUUCAGGAGAUAGUGUUGUCUUGGGAUUAUCUGGCCAACCCUUCAGUUAGCAUGGUCAGAACAAAAGCGAGAUGGUGAUGGGGGCGGGGGGUGGAUUUCUGCCAUGUGAGGGGAGAUGCACGCUGGUCCCUCCUCUACCUCUGAGGUCUCCAAAUGUCACGGGAAAGAACAUGCAUUGGCCCGUGUCUAGAAUAAUACAAUAGCGCUUAAAACCUCAGCUAAGAGGGGCGCAUGAGUGGCUGAGUCGGUUAAGCGUCCGACUUCUGCCCAGGCCAUGAUCUCGCAGUUUGUGAGUUCGAGCCCCGCAUCAGCAUCGGGCUCUGUGCUGACAGCUGGGAGCCUGGAGCCUGCUUCAGAUUCUGGGUCUCCCCGUCUCUCGGCCCCUCCCCUGCUCGUGCUCUGUCUCUCUCUGUCUCUCAAUAAUAAAUAAUGUUAAAAAAAAAAAAAACUUUUAAAAAAUAAAAAAAUAAAAAAUAAAACCUCAGCUAAGAGGAAAUGAAAAGCACGAGCAGAAUCACUAAAGACUAGAGCAGAGUGAGACGUUGUAGUUCUGUGUCGCACGAGACGGCCCGUGGUUUCUGCACGAGGGCAGUGGCCUCCAGGAUAUGAAUGGUACCGUGUCCCAGCAAUACGCUCCGGGCGUGCGGGUCGGUCCCAUCCCUCCGGGGGGCACUCGAGAGUCACUUGUUCCUCUCCUUUGGUUUAGAUGACAGCGCUUCCGCCGCGAGUAGCAUGGAGGUGACGGACCGCAUUGCCUCCCUGGAGCAGCGCGUCCAGAUGCAAGAAGACGAUAUCCAGCUACUCAAAUCGGCGCUGGCCGAUGUGGUCCGGCGGCUGAACAUCACGGAGGAACAGCAGGCGGUGCUGAACAGGAAAGGACCUACCAAAGCAAGACCACUGGUGCAGACCUUGCCCUUAAGAACCACCAUCAACAAUGGCACCGUGUUACCAAAGAAACCUAGUGGCUCUCUGCCGUCCCCUUCCGGGGCCAGGAAAGAAACUGCUGUGGCAGCGGCAGCCAAAAGUACCAUCAAGAGGACCAGCUCCUCUGAGCGAGUAUCUCCUGGUGGUCGAAGGGAAAGCUGCGGAGAUUCCAAAGGAAACCGAACCCGCACGGGAUCUACAAGCAGUACUUCCAGCGGCAAAAAGAACAGUGAAAGCAAACCCAAGGAGCCCGUCUUCAGCGGAGAAGAAGGAUACGUAAAAAUGUUUCUUCGCGGACGCCCUGUCACCAUGUACCUGCCCAGAGAUCAAGUGGACUCUUAUAAUUUGGAAGCAAAAGUAGAGCUGCCCACCAAGAGACUGAAACUGGAAUGGGUCUAUGGGUACCGGGGUCGAGACUGUCGUAACAACCUGUACUUGCUUCCAACGGGGGAGACGGUGUACUUCAUCGCCUCCGUGGUGGUGCUGUACAACGUCGAGGAACAGCUCCAGAGGCACUACGCCGGCCACAACGACGAUGUGAAGUGCCUAGCAGUUCACCCUGACAGGAUCACGAUAGCCACGGGACAAGUCGCUGGUACAUCUAAGGAUGGAAAACAAUUGCCCCCACACGUGCGCAUCUGGGAUUCUGUGACACUGAACACACUGCAUGUCAUUGGAGUUGGGUUUUUUGACCGAGCCGUUACCUGUAUCGCGUUCUCAAAAUCUAAUGGAGGAAGCAAUCUCUGCGCCGUGGAUGACUCCAACGAGCACGUACUGUCCGUGUGGGACUGGCAGAAAGGCGAACGGCUGGCUGACGCAAAGUGUUCUAACGAAGCUGUAUUUGCUGCGGAUUUCCACCCCACGGACACGAAUAUAAUAGUUACUUGUGGAAAAUCACAUCUCUACUUUUGGACCUUAGAAGGAAACUCCCUUAUUAAGAAGCAAGGACUGUUCGAGAAGCAAGAAAAGCCAAAGUUUGUCCUCUGCGUGACUUUUUCUGAAAAUGGCGACACCAUUACUGGAGAUUCAAGUGGCAACAUCUUGGUGUGGGGAAAAGGUACAAAUCGGAUAAGCUAUGCAGUUCAAGGGGCCCACGAGGGUGGCAUUUUUGCACUUUGUAUGUUAAGGGACGGCACACUGGUGUCGGGAGGAGGGAAAGACCGAAAGCUCAUUUCUUGGAACGGAAACUAUCAGAAACUUCGUAAAACUGAGAUUCCAGAACAGUUUGGUCCAAUCCGGACGGUGGCCGAGGGGAAGGGGGAUGUGAUCUUGAUAGGCACAACCAGAAACUUUGUUCUGCAAGGCACCUUGUCAGGGGACUUUGCACCCAUCACUCAGGGUCACACUGAUGAGCUCUGGGGACUGGCCAUCCAUGCCUCAAAACCUCAAUUCUUGACCUGUGGGCAUGACAGGCACGCCACCCUCUGGGACGCUGUUGGCCACCGGCCCGUCUGGGACAAAAUAAUAGAGGAUCCAGCUCAGUCUUCUGGUUUUCAUCCUUCAGGGUCUGUGGUUGCAGUUGGAACACUGACUGGGAGGUGGUUUGUGUUUGACACGGACACAAAAGACUUGGUCACCGUUCACACGGAUGGAAACGAACAGCUCUCCGUAAUGCGUUACUCCCCAGACGGGAACUUCUUAGCAAUCGGCUCCCACGACAACUGCAUCUACAUCUACGGGGUCAGCGACAAUGGGAGGAAGUACGCUCGCCUUGGCAAGUGCUCGGGUCAUUCCAGCUUCAUUACUCACCUGGACUGGUCUGUGAACUCACAGUUCCUCGUGUCCAAUUCCGGAGACUAUGAAAUCCUUUACUGGGUGCCCUCUGCUUGUAAGCAAGUCGUAAGUGUGGAAACCACGAGAGACAUCGAAUGGGCUACGUACACCUGCACUUUGGGGUUCCAUGUCUUUGGAGUGUGGCCAGAAGGCUCGGACGGAACCGACAUCAACGCUGUCUGUCGGGCCCACGAGAGAAAACUCCUGUCCACCGGCGAUGACUUCGGCAAAGUGCACCUCUUCUCUUACCCCUGCUCACAGUUCAGGGCUCCUAGCCACAUCUACGGUGGACACAGCAGUCACGUCACCAACGUCGACUUCCUCUGUGGCGACAGCCAUCUCAUCUCCACGGGUGGCAAGGACACAAGCAUCAUGCAAUGGCGGGUCAUUUAGUCCCAGCGAGAACCACGGGGAGCAGAACAGGGGCCGGCACGGACUCGUGCUCCGCCCCGCCACUGUGAUUUCUGUUUUGUUUGAGAAGUUCUGACAAACCUCAGGAAAACCACUCCCUCUACCAGUCACCUUAGCUUAGCGCACCAGUGAGCGUCACACCGGAUCAGUGGUUCACGGUUCUCCUCUGUUGUACAGUCUAUAAAACAGUGCACAUUUAAUACUAAAAAAGAUGCCAAGGUUUACAUUACGGCGAUAGCAACAGAAGUGACUGGCAUGUCCUUCGUAACUUUUCUACGAACCCUUCAAACCUGGUCACAGAAUGCCUUUUAAAAUAUUGUACAUAGGCUUUCCUAUUUCACCAUCUGGCUCGCCAAGUCAAGUAUUUAUGAAAACGAUGAGGUACCGCAUUGUGAUCGCUGUUGGCUAAUUGGUCCUGAGAAGGAUAAACCGAAUGUGAAAGGGGGUGGGUGACUGAUUCGCACAGCUGGAUCAGGCAGUGCAGAUAGGACUUCAUUGGGCUACGUUUUCUAAGGGUUCGCUCAGUCCUCCCUCUGGGAGGCUGAGGCGAAAGGGGUUGUAUUCUCCUUUGCGUGAAGCAGAUUGUGCUCCAGGUCAAUUAAGUAUUUCAGCAGGGCAUAUAGGCAUUGCAGAGUUUCAGUCACACUGUCUGCCUGACCGGAUGCAGUCAGCCGCUUCACACCCUUCUGUUCCCCACUCACGUGGCCUGGAGAGUGGCAAAGGCAUUGAGCCACCUUCCUCUGUAUAGUAAUUGGCAUGAUACGGCAUUGUGCUUGUAUAGGACUAUAGCAGUUCCUAAUAAAUACAGAAGGCUAGGCUUUACUAUUUUAUGCUCAUGGACAUUGUAUAUUUGUAUUUUAAGACCAAGUAGACCAAGUCAAAACGGUAUCUCUUAAGUGUACAAUAAACCCACAGCGGGGAGAAGUUCCGGAAGGUUCCACCAGGUACCAAGGGCAGCUUCUUUUCCUGUCUCUUGUGCCUGGAUGGCUCAUUACGCUACAAAAUAAGAUUGCGUUCUGACGAGUAAAACACAGAUGGCACACAUUUGUCAAGAAGGCCUUAUCCAUUUGGACUGUGUGACAGAUUGAAAUUUAUUGUUUACAUUGGGGAAUGUAUCUCAGAUUUUAAAAUAGAAGAGUAAUAAACAGACUUCAAAACAAAUGCUAAGAUUUCUACUUGUUCUAGGCCAGGAAAUGAGUGGAAUUAUCCGACCUCCACGGUGCUGGUUAUUCAGAGUGGCUGAUUAAGCACAACACUUGGAAGCAUUUCCAUCACAGCUCCCGCCUGCUGCGGACGGGCAGGGCACCGGUAACCAGCGCGUGUUAACGAUGAAUCUGUUUGUAUGUAUCCUUAUCAAAUAUAUUCUAUGACGAAAUUAAAUCUGAAAAGGAUUUCUUAUCGACCUAUAAUCAUGAAACUAUAUAAAUUAAAAGAUUUAAAAUUAGAUACGAUUCACACUAUAUUCUGUUCCACAUACAUAUUUUUUUUUCUCACCUGGGUCAUUGGCAAAUGACACUGUCGUUUGCGUACGGUGUGGAAGCCAGUGAUCAGAUCAGAUGCCCUUGAAGAAUUCGGCUUGCGGUCGCCUGGCUGGCUCAGUCGGAGGAGCACGUGACCCAUGAUCCCGGGGCUGUGCGUUCGAGCCCCACGUGGGGGGUAGAGACUGCUAAAAUAAAUAAAUAAAUAAAACCUUUUUUUUUUUUUUAAUUCAGCUUACUUACCAUACCUAGUUGUUAUUUUACUUGGUUAUGUAAUACCGGCAAAAAUGAUGAUCUUCACAUUCAGAAUGGGGGGCAUACCCAGCUCAGGGAAGGGGAAGGGGACCCAUUUAUUGAAUCGUGAGCUAGAAGAUCUACUUUUAUUUCUGUACACUUCCGUUGUUCUCCAGGCUCAGUCAUGGAAAAAGGAUAUUUAUAUACACUAUUCCCUAUUACUGUCAUCGUCACAUUUGUCUGCAUUUUAAAUGG